AUGCCGUACCUGCAGCAGAGCUUUAAGCAAGAAUACCUGGACUCUCUUUAUGAGCGGGCGGCUCAUAUGCCAGGGCCCGGACAUGUACCAAGACACGCGCCGCAUCCUCACUCGCACCCGCACCGGUUCCCAUCAGCCCACAUGAUGGUGAAGCAGGAGCCCACAGACUACUCCUACGAUCCCGAUGUGCCUGGAUGUCCCUCUAUGUACCACCACAACGAGGUCUACCCAAAUCCCCAGCACAGCAAUGAAGGUUAUCUGUUUGAAAGUGAUUCCCGUGUGGUUCCAGAGAAGUUCGAAGGUGAGGUAAAGCAGGAAGGGGGCGGAGUUUUUCGAGAAGGGACACCGUAUCAGCGCCGUGGCUCUUUGCAGCUCUGGCAGUUCCUAGUGGCCCUGUUGGAUGACCCAGGCAACGCCCACUUCAUCGCCUGGACAGAGCGCGGCAUGGAAUUCAAACUGGCCAGGCUGUGGGGCAUGCAGAAGAACCGUCCAGCCAUGAACUAUGACAAGCUCAGUCGCUCGCUGCGCUAUUACUACGAGAAGGGAAUCAUGCAGAAGGUGGCUGGGGAGCGCUACAUUUACAAGUUUGUCUGUGAGCCCGAGGUGCUCAUCUCCCUGGCCUUUCCUGACAAUCAGCGGCCCAGCCUGAAGGCCGAGUUUGAGCGUUAUGUUAACGAGGAGGACACGGUGCCCCUGUCCCACUUGGACGAGGGCGUGCCCUACACCACACAACAAGCCCCACAAAAUGUGGGCCCCCAGCCCUACUCCAAAGGCUACAUGUACUAAGGCCACCCCUCCCAGAAUCUUCCUGUUGUAACAACCCAUCAGCAUACACCCCGCCCCCAUGCACCUCUUGCACAUGCCCAACCCACCCACUUGUAUAUAAGGCUAUGGUGUUUUUAUUUUAAAUUAAUCUCAUUAGGGUUUUGUUUGUUUGUUUUCCUUUUUGAGUUUUUAAGACCUGCAUUCCUCUUAUGUCUGAGGCUUAUUCAAUCCACAAACACGACUGUGGUUGAA